GUGCCGAACGCCCUCAGGCUGCGCCUGCGCUUCUGCGGUUGCGGUUAGGUCCAGAGGUCCCUAGCGGGAUGGUGCCUCGGUGCCAGGUUGAAGUAUUGUAUUUUGCAAAAAGUGCUGAAAUAACAGGAGUUCGUUCAGAGACCAUUUCUGUGCCACGAGAAAUAAAAGCGUUGCAGCUGUGGAAGGAGAUAGAAACUCGACAUCCUGGAUUGGCUGAUGUUAGAAAUCAGGUAAUAUUUGCCGUUCGUCAAGAAUAUGUCGAGCUUGGAGAUCAGCUCCUCCUGCUUCAACCAGGAGACGAAAUUGCUGUCAUCCCCCCGAUUAGCGGAGGGUAGUGCUUUUGAGCCAUGUAGAGGAGAUAUGGAUGAAGUUGAAGAGAAAUCUAAAGACAUUAUAAACUUUACUGCCGAGAAACUUUCAGUAGAUGAAGUCUCACAGUUGGUGAUUUCUCCGCUCUGUGGUGCAAUAUCCCUAUUUGUAGGGACUACAAGAAAUAACUUUGAAGGGAAAAAAGUCAUUAGCUUAGAAUAUGAAGCAUAUCUACCCAUGGCGGAUAAUGAAGUCAGAAAGAUUUGUAGUGACAUUAGGCAGAAAUGGCCAGUGAAACACAUAGCAGUGUUCCAUAGACUUGGCCUGGUUCCAGUGUCAGAAGCAAGCGUAAUCAUUGCUGUAUCCUCAGCCCACAGAGCUGCAUCCCUUGAAGCUGUGACCUAUGCCAUUGAUACUUUAAAAGCCAAGGUGCCCAUAUGGAAAAAGGAAAUAUAUGAAGAGUCAUCAUCUUGGAAAAGAAACAAAGAGUGCUUUUGGGCAUCCAACAAUUAAUCACUUAACGUUUUUAGAGCAUGCAAUCUUAACUUUGUUUAUUAUCAUUGAUCACAUUUUGAUUUUUUUUUUCUCUCCACAUUAGGAUAGUUUACUGAAGUACAAUCUCUUAUAUUAUACCAGUAGGACAAAAGGGAGAAAAAGGAAGCAAGAUAAAUGGGUAUGUAGGAUGAAUGGUUAUUUAAAAUGGAACUAAAGAUAGAAGGAGGACUGCAGGAAAGAAAUUGAAUAAUUUAAAUGUGAGGAAAGAUGUCUGUGGUAGACAUGCCCUUCCAUGACUAAUUUCUAAUUGUAUCUCAACUCACAUUGAGGUAUGGGUCCUCCUCAGUGACUUUAACUGGCUCGGAAAAAUACUCCCCCACUGACCCCACUUUACCAGCCCCGUUCCGGUUCAGGGAUAGCAUUGUUAUCAAGGAUGCAUGACAGGAAUGUUGGCAGAACUGGAAAGUAUUAAAAAAUCAUUAUCAGACAGUCUUGAUAUUGUAUAUUUUCAGAAAUAUAUUAAAAAUAAUAAACUGAAACCCAUGAUUUCAAAAGUUUAAAAGCAAUAUCUUUUUUUUAAAAAGAAUUACCUAAAAUAGUUCUUAUUAUGGAGAUUUCUGGGAUUUCAGAAUCUAUAAUCUUAGCAGAAAACUUUUGUUCUUUUUUAUUAGUUGUUAAUUUAACAGGUCAGCACAAAAUUGUUAACAGGUCAGCACAAAAUUGUCAUAAAGCUAACUAGAAACAAGGUGGUUUGUGUUAAAAUGUUUAAGUAAACAAUGCCCCAAUUUUUAGUUGGUUAAACUUUACAGUAUGUUGAUAGACUUGUGUAUAUAAGUCCCAUAUAGUUUAAAAAUUUUUUUUCCAGCUUUAUUGAGGCAUACUUGACAAACAAAAAUUGUAUAUAUUUGAGGGAUACAAAGUGAUGUUUUGAUAUACAUACACAUUGUGAGGCAGUUACCACAGCGAAUUAACAUAUUCCUCACCUCACAUAGUCCCUUCUUUUGUGUGGUGAGAAUAUUUAAGAUCUACUCUCAGUAAAUCUCAAGUAAACACAUAGUUCAUAAAAUAACAAAAUACUGGCAUAAUUUGGGCAGUUGGCAUCAUCACAAAAUUUGCAUAUGCAUAUUAAGAGCAGAAGCUAUACUUUCAGUCACUUGGAUUGAAGGAUUUUUUUUCUUAUGUCUGGGACAAAUAAGAAACCUAGUAAUCUUAUUUGUUAUAUCUAGUGAAAACAUCUUUUACCUAAGGAAUUUAUUUAUUCAACAAAUAUUUAUUGAACACCUGUUUUGUGUCAGGCACUCACCCAGUGAUCUUUGUCUACCAACCUAAAAUACCUUGGGAAACACUCUGUAUUUUAUCUGUGGCUGGGACCCACAGGACAGCCACACUGACGUUAGGAAUCACCUGGUUACAUCAGUUGAUGCUUAUUCCUUAGUCCAUCUGGAGAGAUUGGGCCAGAAGGAUACUGGAAGGGCAGAUGAACCCUCCGCCUACUUCCUCUGCGGGUUUAGGGAAGGUAAGGCCUAUUGGCCUCAGCCUUACCUUCGCAGUUCAGUGUCACUCUGUGCCUGUCAUCGAGCUUCAGCCAGUCCCCAUUGGAGAGCAGGGGUGGGUGCUGGCUGUUGCAUUAUAUCUGAAAGCACAUUUUCAUGGGGCUACUGGGUCACUGUAGAUAUUUCUAGGAUUUUGUACAUAGGUUGUUAAAUGGAUGUUUAUUAUGUCAUAUGCAAUGUUGUUAGGUAUAUGUGGAUUUCAAGAUUUUCCUACUUAAAUGUUUCGUUAGAAGAUCUUUAUUGAGGGUAAUGAUGUUUUUAAAGAACAGAACAUUCUUUAUGUUUUAAAAGAAUCAUGCCUUCAUCAAGUAGGCUUUAUUCUAAGUUUGGAACUGAAACUGUUAUGCUUAUAAAGUCACUAAUACAGAGGUUUAGGAGUUAAUCCCAGCUGGAACUGGGAUGGAAUGGCCUUGAGAGAUUUUGUGCCUUGCACUUGACUUAUAUAGGAUCUUUACUGACCCUUGCUUACUUAAGAGUGGCAGUUAAUUGGUGGUUGAGACACAGUAGUAAGGGGCUAGUAUCACUAUGAUAUGUAGCCUUCCUAUCUCUGUAACUUGGCUUCAAGUAGCUAAGAGUAAUCUAAAAAAAAUUAGCCUUUAAUCAUAUUGCCUGCAGUGUUUCAAGGUCACUUUGAAGCCAUGACUUUGCAUGAUUGCUAAGUAAGUUCACUCAAGAAAUAGGAAAUUCAAAUGAUUUAUGUUUCUAGUAUUUUUGUACAAGUGGUAAAAUGAAGUUGAUUUUUUCAUCUUUGAAUGAAAGAAACAGCAUAUGUUCCAACGAGUGACUUAUUUCGUGGAUAUUUUUGUCCUUUGGAUAUGAUGUAUAUUUUUGUCUAUCCAAAGAACAAAAAUAUACUGUAAAGUCACAGUAUAUUUUCAGCCUUUUUCGAGAAAUUGUGAUUUAGGCAUCUUACACAGUUACUGAGCACCUGGUACAGUCAGGGCCUCUCUUAAGAAUGAUAAGUGGAUCAUCCAGCAGAGGGCGGUAGAGCCAGGGCCAUAGUAAAAGUUAUAGUCAAGUUUCUUUAAGCAACUUAAGUCUUAGAUUUAAUUUUGUGUAGAAUCAAAAGUUCAGUUUAGUAGCCAUUGUCUUUAAAGUCAGGCUGUAGUGGUUCCUAAAUUAAAAUUAGGCCCUGAUUUUGUGUAAGAUGAUGUCCAAUCUUUGACACCUUAAAAAAUAUUAAAAGAUUAUGAUAGGAUGAGGAAGGGGAUGUUAAAAAUGCAAUUUGUAGUUUUUAACAGGUGAUGUAGGAUAAAUAAAAAGAACUACUGUAAGUAUACAAUUAUUUUCCAAUUAAGUCUAUGGGACAAAAUGAUUGUUUUAAUACAGGUCUUUAACAGCAUUUCCUAACCUGCUCUGUGAAAAACAAAGAAAAAAACCUUAGUGCUCUUUUUCUCUAAUAUUUUAUUUUGUUUUUUAAGAGAUGGGAGGGGGCCUUGAACUCGUGGGUUCAAAUGAUCCUCCCUGCCUCAGCCUCCCAAGUAGCUGCAAUUCCCACACUCAGUUCUCCAAGAUUGUAUUUUAAUGUGAGCCAAAUAGCAGACGCACUACCUGAUGGUUGUGCUGCAGUGAGCUGCCCUCCAGAGAUGGCUCAGCACAGCUGCCAUGGGCAGGGAGGCACUGAGAGAGCACCGCAGACAUGAAUGGAGAUGCUUGUGCAUCGCUAUUUAUGGCAGCACGUACACACUUUCCACCCCAUCUUUGCAUUACUCUGCCAUCUGUACAACGAUGGCAGUCUGUGAGCCCAACACAUACCUAUUUUAUAACUCCAGCAUAUUUAUUUCAUCAUAUUUACUCUUUAAAAAUAUUUAAACCCUCAUGCUUACUACAAUUUUUUUUUUAAAACAACUAUGCAGAUGACUCUGCUCUUGUAUGUUGCAGCAGUUUGGCUGAUUUUUUUCCCUCUCUAUUCCAAGGACACGUUUUAUUUCAAGAGGUAAGUUGUGCUUUAGAGCUUUAGAGCAGUGCUUCUCAAACUUCAGUGCAGUAUGAAUCACCUGGGGAUGUGGCAGAACUUCCAAUUUGACUUUAGUAGUUUUAGAGUGGCCCCUGAGACCUGUGCUUUUAACAGGUUCCAGGCGAUGCAGCACCAUCUAUCCAUGGGCCGCAUUUUGAGGAACAAUGCUUCACACUAUCUCAAAACUUUGAAGGUAGUUUAAGGGUUCUGCAGAACAUCCUUGCGGUCACUGCUAGAAGCACAGAUUGGACACCUAUGGCAAAUUAUAGCCUCAGUCUUCUUAAAUUGAGUCCUGGAUGGGAGCAAAGUGACUGUAUAAGAUGGAAAUGGUAAAAUAUAUAACUUGUAAAAGCCCAAAGAAAAUAGCUUUAUUUUCAAAACAAUUGUAAUGAUAUCCAAUAAUGUGGUAUGAAAAGAGUGGUUUACAAUUAAUGAAACUUUUCUGUUUGUUAUACUUUGAUAUGAGAAAAUUUAUGUUGACUACAAUUUAAUUUUUCUCAGAAACCAAAUGAGUUCUGCAGCUUUUUGUACACACAUGCAUUUAUUUUUGUAAUUUUUGUGGAAAGCAAAAAGGCAAAACACAUUUAAUCCAAAACAUCAAAUACCACAUUUGAACAAAGAGUUAUCUAUUAUGUAUGAAGGAAAAUAUCCAAGACAAUUUCUUUAAAAUAUAUACAAUUCUAACACAGUUAUGCAAUAUAUACAUUCAUAUUUUGACUCAGUCUGCCAAAAUAAACAGGUACAUAUGUAACUAUAUUUACACAGUGGUUACAGUUUCAGUCUUUAGAGUUCAAAGACAUAGUUAAUAUUUUCACACUUUACCCCCAUGUUUCUUAUUCACCUCUAGAGGUUUAAAUUAACUUUUCAAAUUGAUUAAAAUGAGUAUGCCUGAAUGUACACCAAAGGGCAUAGUCCUACAAAGUUGUUUAUAGAAUUGUUUUACUUGUACAAAUUAAAAUAUUAAAGAUGGAUCAGGGAUCUCAGUUUAAGGAAUUCUGCCUUCUGUUUGAUGAUGUCUUAAUUUUUGAGAUUUUCAUACAUUGGGUUAUAGCUGUAUAUCAGGUUAGGUAAAUACAUUAUAAAAUGAUACGCUUUAUAAUAAUUUUUAGCAUAAUCACUUGUGUGGCAAUAAUACAUUGGCUUUAUUUUACUCUUCACAGUUUUAAUAGAUAACUAUUUUACAAAAAUAACAUUGCUAGCUAGAAAAAUUUCUGUCCAGAUAGGAGUUCUUAUUUUGCUCUGAAAUGAGUGAUGCACAAUUGUAAAUCUCUGUAGUUUCUUCAUAAGCUAUUUUAC